AAUGCGUGAUGUCAUCGGGCCGCGACAAACCAUACGUUGAAAUCGCAUGAAACGCAUUUGUAAACACUACCUGAAAUGUCGCUUUUACUAACAUGUUUGGAUAUGUUACGUUCAUCGGCUUCUUCCAGGACGAUGCUGCCUGUCUGCCGGUUCAUUCGAGGUUUUUCUCGGAGUCUUUCAGCACCGUCUGGGCCCGGUGUGGUUCUCAGCUGCAGCCGAAAAAGAGCCCUGAAGUCCGGGCAUCUCCUCUCCUGUCAGCCGGUGUUACCUACAUACAUCAGAUCCAGAGAAUUCUCCUCUUCACUGAGGGUCAGAAGUGACGCAAUUGGAAAGAUCGAAUCAAAACAUUACCAGCUCGUUUACACAUGCAAGGUUUGCUCUACCAGGUCCACAAAGAGGAUAUCGAAGCUGGCCUAUCACAAAGGAGUUGUGAUCGUGACGUGUCCGGGGUGUGAGAACCAUCACAUCAUCGCUGACAACCUGCGCUGGUUCUCCGACCUGGAAGGGAAGAGGAAUAUCGAGGAAAUCCUUGCUGCCAAAGGAGAGACUGUGAGGAGGGUGGAUGGGAGUUCUGCUUUUGAAAUCGUGGUGGAUGAAUCUGGGAACGAAAGGUCACAAUGUGAAGACGACACAGAAAAAUCAGACCCAGAAAAACAACAAUAAUGAUACCUUUUAGUAUUCGUAUUGUGAGAUGUUUUAUAUUUUAUUCUAUAAUAAAAACCUAAUGUUUUUUUGUGUUACUAAUGUAUUUUUUGUCAUGGAUUCUAUGAUUCUACGAGGAUUGCAACUGAUCAGAGAAACAUGUAUGCUCCUGUAUUUUUUUUAUUAUAGAGUAUUAUAAACGCAGCUAACUGAUUGCACAUGAAACAGUCAAAUGCAGAUUUAUUCAUUUAAAACUAUUCAUAAUAAACUGUUUUGGACAUUAAA